AUGGACGAUUAUGCCAUGCUCGUAGCACUUUUCUUUGCAAUUGCUUGUGGAAUCGCCAUUACUACAAAUAUCAGCUAUGGGCUCGGUCGGCAUACAGGAACGCUAGAUCCGCCAACGAUCAAGCUGUACUUACGUACCUUCUAUGUCUCGAUUGUCAUGUACAAUGCAACUAUCUUGAGCAUCAAACUCACAUUCCUUCUACAAUACUACCGAGUGCUUGCUGUGCACAAAAUGAAGACUGUUAUCAUUGUAGCCACGGUUCUCAUCAUGUGCUGGUCCGUCUCACAGCUGCUCGUAGCCACUUUCAAUUGCUCUCCUAUUCCCAAAUUCUGGGAUGACAGCAUAUCCGGAAGUUGCAUUCCCAACUACCCUUUCUGGUAUAUCAAUGCCGCAGGAAAUAUUGCUACUGAUGUCGCUAUAUUUGUUCUGCCUCUUCCUGUUUUGGGCAAACUGAACUUGAGAAGAGCCCAGAAGAUCAUGCUCAUUGGCAUCUUCAGCCUGGGAUUUUUCACAUGCGCUAUCUCAGUCGUUCGCAUUGAGUAUCUUCAUCAAGCAAAGGACUUCACUUGGGAGAAUGUUGCGUCUUCGAGUUGGUCCAUUGGUGAGGUGUCUUCGGGCAUAGUGUGCGCCUGCCUGCCGACUCUCCGCCCUUUCAUUAUGAAGUACAAGCCUCAUUGGAUGGGAUCACACUCUGGUCCAUCGAAGUUCGGAAGCAAAGAAUAUAAAGGAUAUGCCGAGCAUCAUGAAGGCACAGAGGCUGCUCAAAGCAGCGCCGGACGUACAUCCGUCACAGCAGUCACGGCUCGGUCGGGCAGCGAGGAUCAGCUUUACUACGGUGAUCUCGAAGCUGGUAAUGCAAGGUUGAGCAGUGUGCGUGAUCCGACGGAUAUCCUGUAUGAUCGAGACUUCAAUAUCUCCGAGUCACUGCCUGCCUCACCUAAUACGCAAGAGAAGGCGGAGCAGACUCUGGGUCUACGAAGUACUGUAUCCACCAAGAUCAUGGUGGGCUCAACUCCACCGCCUUCAGAUCCUGGCGUGCCGGGAAUUGAGGUUAAGAAGGACAUCGUGUUGGAAGAGUCUUCAAGUUCGCGUCGAUAA